CAAAAGUGCUUCAGCUCUGAAAAUAAGCGUUGUCUUCCUCAUAAUUCAAGCAGUCGCAAUGAAGUUCACUAUGUUUCUGAGUGGACUCCUGUUGCUCUUUCUGCUUCUCGGUUGGACAGAAAGCGUUGAAGGUGACAAUGUGGACAUCAAUACUCUUGCAAGUAUUAUAAACUUCUUUGAGGAGAACUAUAAGAGAGUCGAUGGAGAUAAAUAUCCUCGUCAGUACGCUACAGCCAUCAACGUGCAAAAGCAUCAGUGUCAACAGAACUUCAAUCCUUCACAGAACAACUUCCUGACUCAAGAGGAAGCGGUGAACGUGAAAAAUGCUAUUACUGAUGACACAAAGGCACUUUACCAAGGUGCAGAACUCAUCGCUGCAGGAACUAAAAAGGUUGUAAUCAGUAAAAAGAAGCAAUACAACAUGCAUUCAGAGUCUCUCCUGCUGAAUCCUGCUGACAACUCACCCAUGACCAAGCUUUUGAAUAAAAGAAAAGACGGCUGCUCUGUUUUCUACACAUUUGAAUCUCCCUGUCUCGAUACGUGUCUGGAUGCGACAGGCAGCCACAGCAUUUUAAAGGCCCUGGAGAACUGGAAAGAACAUGAUGGAAUUAAAGCUUUUGUCUUCAAGAAUUUCUGGAAGUUUGACACUAAAAAAGAUCUUCAGACCAAAUUUAAGCAGAUUGUGGCUCAUGUUCCUCUCUACCGCUGUGUGAGUGAGAAUCAGUGUUAUGCUUGUAAAGGGGAAGGAAACACUCGAAUAGACGCGCACUGUCUGCCUCCACCAGAAAACUAAGCUUUAUGCAGUAACAUUCAUUCCUUGCAUAUGUGAUUAAGAGCUGUCCUUUUGUUUUGAAAUUCAGUAUGCUUAGAUGAACUAGUAAA